AUGUCCGAGGCCGCGUCCGCCUUGGCUGAGGAGACAGACAUCGACGUGGUGGGCGAGGGGGACGACGACGACGACGAGGGAGACGACGAGGACGACGAGGACGACGACGACGAGCCCCUCCGCCGCCGGCCUUACGAGGAGGACGAGGACGAGGAGGCCGCCUCGCUGCCUGAGGCGCCCGGGGCGCGCGGGCCGGGAGGAGAGUCCCCCGGCUCCGGCUCGCCUUCCUCCUCGUCGUCGUCGUCGUCUUCCUCCUCCUCCUCUUCUUCUUCCCCUCAGGGCUCUUUCCGAGGCGCCUCAGGGGGCGCCGGCGUCUCGGCGGGCGCCAAGAACAGCCUGGUGAAGCCGCCUUACUCGUACAUCGCCCUCAUCACCAUGGCCAUCCUGCAGAGCGCCAAGAAGCGCCUGACGCUGAGCGAGAUCUGCGAGUUUAUCAGCGCCCGCUUCCCCUACUACCGCGAGAAGUUCCCCGCGUGGCAGAACUCCAUCCGACACAACCUGUCGCUCAACGACUGCUUCGUCAAGAUCCCGCGCGAGCCGGGCAACCCGGGCAAGGGCAACUACUGGACGCUGGACCCGGAGUCGGCCGACAUGUUCGACAACGGCUCCUUCCUGCGCCGCAGGAAGCGCUUCAAGAGGCAGCCGCUGCUGCAGCCGCCCGACCUGCUCCUCAGGGGGCUCGAGCCCGCCGCCGCCGCCGCAGCCGCCUUCCUCCAAGCGGCGCAGCAACACCCCAACCAGGCGCCUCCGCCGCCGCCGCCACCGCGGCAGCAGCAGCACCCGCCGCCCGCGCCGCCGCCUGCCCCCUUCGCUUACGGGCCCUAUAGCUGCGCCUACGGCCUGCAGCUGCCGCCUUACCCGCCUCCCUCGGCUCUCUUCGCCUUCCAGCCCCAGGCGCGGCCGCCGCCGCCGCCUCCGGCCGCCGGGCCCGUCCUGCCGGCCGCGCCGCCCGCGCUGCUGCCUCCCGCUGCCGCGUCUCCUGCGGCCGAGCUGGCCAGGACUACCAGCUUCGGCUACCCGGCGCAGCUCAGCCCGUCUCUCGCGGCCUCCUUGCAGGCGGCGGCCGCCAAGAGCAGCUCGGCGCUGGCCAGGUCGCCUUUCUCCAUCGAGAGCAUCAUCGGCGGCGCCGGCGGCGGCGGGGGCUUGAGUCCCCUGGCCGCCAGCAGCUGCGCCUCGCAGGCGGCCGUUCUGCCGGUCCUGGCCAGGUCCCUGAUGGCCUCGUCGCCUGCGCUCGCCUCGCCGCCGCCGCCGCCUCCGUCCUCUUCCGUCGCCGCCUCGCUGGGGACUCUGCACCAAGGGGCAGCCUUGGCCAACGUCGAGAACUUUACUGCUAGGAUUUCCAAUUGUUAA